CAGAGACUUCAUCUUUACAUUGGACCAAAGCCAACCAGACUCCAUCGCCAUGGCUUGCUGUGUCGCCCGCUGCUGCAGCGUCCCCACCGGCCCUGCCACCACCAUCUGCUCCUCUGACAAGUCCUGCCGCUGUGGAGUCUGCCUGCCCAGCACCUGCCCACACACCAUUUGGCAACUGGAGCCCACCUGCUGUGACAACUGCCCCCCACCCUGCCACAUUCCUCAGCCCUGUGUGCCCACCUGCUUCCUACUCAACUCCUGCCACCCGACCCCAGACCUGCUGACUGUCAACCUCACCACCUAUGUGCAGCCCGGCUGUGAGGAGCCCUGCACCCCAAGGUGCUGCUGACCUGUGGCUCCCGUGCUCAGAGACUGAUACUGCAGACCCCAGGAGCUGCCUAACCCCUGUCCACUUGUCUCAGAAGUUGUUAGAAUGUUAAAGUAGGCAGAUGGUCAGGGCUGUGAACACCCUACCUUUGAUUUUAAUGGCAAGAAAGCUCAGAAAUUUGCUAUUGCAAAUGGGAUGAAUGGUCAUGUGAUUCAUUUGAACAGGUGAAUGUCUUCCAUUAUGAAAAUGCUAUUGAAAUCUUUAAGAUUUCAAAUUAUGGGGUUUGGGAUCAUGUUGCUUCUAGGAUCUCAUUUCCUGUAUUGAGUAUCUUCAGAGGCAAAAUAAUCUCCGGAUGGGUCUUCUAAUAAACUGUAUUUC